AUGACCCAGGGCGUCUCGGAGGCUGACGGCCCCGGCUGGGGCUGGGACGGGGAUGGGGAUGAAGACUGGGAUGGCGCCGUGCUGACCCUGCUGGCGCUGGCUGUGGUGGCCGCCACGGCGCUAGCUUUGCACUGGUUUGGCUCUGGGCAGGACCAGGAGGCGGCAGGUCCAGCAUCCACAGCCCCUCGACCUUCACAGGUGGGAGGACCUGGGCCAGCCCUGCCCCCGAAAUCCAAGGUCAGUGGUGGUGUCGAGGGACACAGCUCAGGGCAGGGGAAGCCGUACCCUCCAGGACGUGGCCAGGGGAGUCCAGCUGCAGCAGGGGCCCAGGAUCAGGAGCCCCCGCGAGGUGGAGGUCUGGCUGCUACAGCUACACCUCCACUCAAGACACCUGGUGAGGUGGCCAGCGGAGGGGCCUUGGGACAGCAGCGUGGUAAUGCCACUCCAGAAGCGCCCCGAGGAAAAGGAAGGGAGCCUCGCAGGCCAGGUGCUGCCCUCCUGGGUCGGAGCAAAGCAGAGGGGACGUCUGUCCCCCUCCUGAUACACUUCACCCCCCGGAGUCCUGGCGGAGAUGUGGAGGUGCAGGUAGAAGCAGGAGGCGUCCAAGCCAAGGCACCAGCUCACCAGGCCCUCAUCCACAUGGUGGAACGGGACACCAGCCCCUGGCCGCAAGGUGUGGCGUCACCUGGCUCACUGGGGAGGGGCCCAGGCAGCCGCCGGUGGCAGGUGGACCGCAGCUCAGGAGAGAGAACCUGCCGCUCCCCAAGGCUGGACCCCCUGUCCCUGGGCACUGUGGUGAGUGUGUGGGAUUCUGUGGGUGCAGCCAGCAGCCUCCCCGCGGGCUCCCAGGGGCUCCCUUUCCCCCAGGAGCUGCCCCCAUCGUACACCCUGAAGACUAGGCCCCCGAUGGAUGUCUCAGAGAGGGGGCGUGGGAAGAGCAGCCCCCAACCAGCCCCAGUCCUAGCUCUGGACUCAGGAGCCAAAGCUACUGAGAGCAGGGAGGCUGGGACCCUGGCCCCCAGGGAGUCUCAGAGGUCCCCAGCCUCCAUGGAAGUCUCUUUGCCCCCCAGAGUUGGCCAGGGCCCUGCUGAGGAUGAAAAUCUCAAAGCAGUGCCAUCCCCUGCCCCAGGCCCGUCCCCUGUCACAGCUGCAGCCCCUGGGCCUGCUAGUGGGUCAAGGCUUGCAUCUCAGAAGCCCAGUGUGGUUCUCUGCAAGGGCAGUCAGGAGGGGCAGUUCUCAACUAGCUGGGGAAACCUUAUUUCGAUGGUUCUUAGGAGUCACCCCUUCCCCAGGCCAGAGAGGCCCCAAGGGAGAGUCCCAAGGGCAGCUCUGGAGAGCCCCAGAGAUCCCAGCACUUCCACACCCUCUGAGAACAGAGAGUCUGGCUCUUCCCCUGAAGAGGCCGUCCCCAGCCGUGAGGACAGGCAUGGCUCGGCUGGACUGGUCACAGGGGGCCUGGCUGAGGCUGGAGCUCGGCCACAGCAGAGCAGCACCGAGACCAACGAGGCUCCCACCGCAGGCCCGCCCUCAGGCCCAAGAGGGGAGAGUAUUGAGGAGAAACCUCCAGACUCGCUGCCACCUGGAGCUGCAGAACCCAGGGCCCCCUCAUGGCCACCGGAGCAGACGCAGCCUGGCCCUGCACCCUCCCCAGUUACACGGCGGGACUCACAGCCCGUCCCCCGGCCACGGAAACGCAGCUUGUGUGAAAUAUCCCAGAGCUCUGAGCGUGAGACCAGCCCAGCGGCCCCAGGGCAGCGCCGAGGACAGGAGCCCGGGGAGGGGCCCAGCCCUGCAGGCAGCGGGCAGGUCCUCACUGAGAAGCAGAAGGAGGCCCGAAAACUCAUGGUGUUUCUGCAGAGGCCGGGGGGCUGGGGGGUGGUGGAGGGGCCCCAGAAGCCCAGAUCCUUGGCGGCAGCGGCUCUGCAGCGAUGGCUGGACCUGGGCAGCUGCCUGGAGGCACUGGCCUUUGCGCAGCAGCACGGGGACCCCAGCCUGGCCCAGGAGACCUAUGCCUGGAUGAGUGACAAUCUGCUACACGUGCUGGGAGACCCGAGCCUCUACCGGCAGCUGAGUGGGGCUGACCGAGAGCGCAUCCUGAGCCUUCGGACCAGCCGGGGCCAGGCGGUGCUGGGGGUCCUCGUGCUGCCCAGCCUCUACCGGGUGAGCCGCUCGGGGCUCACAAGGGACCCUCGUGGGGUGGAGGCUCCCGCGGUGCGGCCUGCGCCCCCGCCUCCCCGCACGUACCUGCACGUGUUCCACCCCCGGGAGAACGCGUGGCGGCCCCUGACCCAGGUGCCCCAGGAGGCCCCGCUCCGGGGCUGCGGUCUCUGCACGCUGCACAACUACCUGUUCCUGGCGGGGGGCAUCCGUGGAUCCGGUGCCGAGGCCGUCUGCUCCAACGAGGUCUUCUGCUACAACCCUCUGACCAACAUCUGGAGCCAGGUGCGGCCCAUGCAGCAGGCGCGUGCCCAGCUCAAACUGGUGGCGCUGGACGGGCUGCUGUACGCCAUCGGGGGCGAGUGUCUGUACAGCAUGGAGCGCUACGACCCGCGCACAGACGCCUGGACCUCCCGUGCGCCCCUCCCUGCAGGCACCUUCCCCGUGGCUCACGAAGCUGUGGCCUGCCGGGGGGACAUUUAUGUUACCGGCGGCCACCUCUUCUACCGCCUGCUCAGGUACAGCCCCGCGAAGGACGCGUGGGACGAGUGCCCCUACAGUGCCAGCCACCGGCGGUCCAGCGACAUUGUGGCUCUGGGGGGCUUCCUGUACCGCUUCGACCUGCUGCGGGGCGUGGGCGCCGCGGUGAUGCGCUACAACACCGUGACAAGCUCCUGGAGCCGGGCCGCCUCCCUGCCCCUGCCCGACCCCGCCCCGCUCCGCUGCGCCGUGCUGGGCAACACCAUUUACUGCCUCAACCACCAGGUCACAGCCACCUUCACAGUCUCCGAGGGAACCGCCCAGUUCCAGGCCAAGGGGCUACAGCCUUUUCCCCCGGGGGCCAAAGGGGUCCUCUGCCCAUUCAUCCUGACGCUGCCCCCCGUGGACCCGCUGCAGACUGCUCUCUGA